GGUCACUUUGGUCUUAGUUCUGUCUGCGUACAAAACAUUCUUGACGCAAAGUUUGCAUUGCUGAGGGGGCCAGGGUGGACUGGCAGUUUGGACGUUUAAUUAACGGGCGUUGAGUGCGAGGAUGAAUUUGAUCGACGGGCGCAUCAGACCAGAUCAGACGUGUCCUGCUAGGUCCUGCUUACCCGCCGGGCACCGGGCCGGACCCUGAGCAUGCAAAAACCUAGGUUCGAGUCCGGGUAAGAACACCGCAAACACGGAACAGCAUUUCAAACUUAGUAUGCCAUCUCUCGAAGAUUGGGCAAAGGGCACCUUCGCUGCAACUGCAGGUCUCUCGACUCUCGCCGUUGGCCUAUUAUAUUACGGCCAAAGUUAUCUCAUAUACCCAUCUGCCUUCCCACCAGGUUCCCGGACAGAGGUUCCCACUCCAGACCAGUAUGGUUUGCCGUACCACCAUGUCGAAUUAACAGCACAGGAUGGCGUCAAACUUAGAUGCUAUCUCCUUUCUCAAGCCAAAAAAUUACCUUUGGCAGGUGCUACUGAUGUCCCGUUCAGCGGCGGCUUGAACGACGAUGAGUUCGCGGCUACUCGGCCUACGGUGAUCAUGUUUCACGGGAACGGAGGAAACGUUGGUCAUCGUAUACCACUUGCGAAAGUCUUCUACGUCAAGAUGCGCUGCAACGUACUCAUGGUCUCUUAUAGAGGUUACGGCUUGUCCGAGGGAAAUCCUUCAGAGAAAGGCUUGAAGCUCGACGCUCAAGCCGCUCUAGAUUAUGUCAAAUCCCAUCCCGCUUUGUCACAGGGCCCAACUGUUUUGUACGGCCAGUCUAUUGGUGGUGCCGUCUCGAUAGACUUAGCCAGCCGCAAUCCCUCCGCAAUCGAUGCUCUCAUCCUAGAGAAUACCUUUCUUUCGCUUCCUAACCUCAUUCCUUCUGCUCUCCCCGCACUAGGUCCAUUCGCCUUUCUUUGUCAUCAGAAAUGGGAUUCGGCAUCGAAGAUUCACCAAAUACCACACAUGACGCCUGUCCUCAUGCUCAGCGGUACACAAGAUGAGGUGGUUCCAAGGGACCACAUGUUAGGUCUUUGGGAGCUUGUGCAGAAGCGAGACUCGAAGUCUGCCUCGAGUGUCGAGCGCAAACAAAAGCCUUCACCAAGAGGUUCUGUGCCUGCCGUUGCUAUCGAUGUGAGGAGUUCGUCCAAAUUUUUGGAGUUCCCCGAGGGUACACAUAACGACACUUGCGUUCAGCCAGGUUAUUGGGCAGCUGUUGCCGAGUUUAUCGGUGACUUGAUCCAUCACAAGGCUUCCAACUCUGAGUAAACAACUCAGAUUCUACGUCACGAUAGGGUGUGCUUGGGGCUUUAUUGACUUUGUUACGUCUGUUUUCUACAUAACAUUGGAUGGACUAGCAUGUGUAUAUUACAUGGGAAUGGAUAGAUCCGUAAUGGAGACAUUAUAUUACAGCUUUGUGUUACUUGCC